GUCAGCUCAGAUGGUUUGUGCGGUGCCCUAUCAUCUUCUAAUGCCACCUGUACUGGUAGUACAUUCGGCGACUGUUGUUCGAUCAACGGAUACUGCGGCAGCACCUCCGACUACUGUGCCUAUAACAGUUGUCUGUCUGCAUUCGGGACCUGUGAUGCUGGCCCCACAGUUAGCGCAGAUGGCUUAUGCGGAGCGCUUUCUUCCUCUAAUGCUACCUGCGCGGGUAGCACCUUCGGUGACUGCUGUUCCAUUAAUGGGUACUGUGGAAGCACAGAGGAAUACUGCGGUAUUGGCUCUUGCGACUCGUCUUAUGGCAAUUGUGACACAGUGACGGUCAGCCUGGACGGAUUGUGCGGCUCCAUGCCAUCUGUUAACGCCAGUUGUGCGGGCAGCCAUUUUGGUGACUGCUGCUCUACGAGCGGCUACUGCGGCAGCAGCGACGCAUAUUGCGGAAUUGGUCAGUGUCAGUCUGCCUUUGGCAACUGC